AUGAGCAGAAAACUCUCCCCAAAAGUUCUUUCCAUUUUUGCUCUGGAUGAAAUCAAACAUCCUCCAUUUAAGAAUAAAGAAAAAAGAGAAUUUACCGAGAGAGAGAGAGAGAGGGAGAGAGAGAGAGUGGGGGUCAUUAAAUCCCCAACACGCAACAGCUCAGAGGGAUUCACCAGCCUGAAAUAUUACUACAUUCAAAUCCUCUCUUCGUUCGCUCUCCCUCCGUUCUACUCUCUCCGUGACCGUGCAACUCUCCUUGCGCUAGUUUAAAAUACAAAAGAUCAAUUUUACUGAAAGUAGUAAUUGAGCUCUCUCAUGUUGCUCUCUAUGCAGAGAAAACUGCAUCAGUCAGGGGCAUCUUUGUUGUUUCUCACGGACCUGCAAAACCAGACAAGGUAAGAUCACGUUCUGUCAUUCAAACCCAAUAAGAAAAAUCUUCUUAUACCAAGAAAGGUUUCACUUUUCCUUUUUCCCAACUAACAGAUUAUCUUGAAAAGUCAAAAUUGGGUGUUUCUGGUUCAGCUAUAACAUGGACUGCAUAGAAGCUUCUGAGAAUAGUUUGAAUCCGCACAGAUUUUUGAUGACCAUUUAUUUCAAACAGGUUGGGUUUCAGGUUCUAGUGUGUAGCUUUUGAGGUAGUUGGAAGAUUUUCUGCAAUUUUUCCUGAGUUGCAGGCUUUUUACCCAGAUGGGUCUUUGUUUAUUCUGUUCCAUUCUGGUUUUCGCCCUCUUCUUCAGGCAAUCUGUUUCUCAACAACCCAAUACGGAUGGGUUCUACGUCCACGAUUUCUUUCAGAAAAUGGGUAAAGCUAACAACUUCUCUGCUUCUGUGUGUUCAUGGCAAUGGGUCUUCUGUGAUUCCCAUCAAGAAAAUGUCAUUGGGUUAGUGGCUUCUGAUUUGGCCCUCUCUGGUUUCAUCCCUGAUAACACUAUUGGAAAGCUCAGCAAGCUUGAAUCUUUGGAUCUCAGCAACAACAAAAUCACUGGAUUGUCUUCUGAUUUCUGGGGUUUGGGGAGUACUCUGAAGAUUCUUAACCUCUCGUAUAACCAGAUUUCUGGGUCAAUUCCGAGUAACGUCGGCAACUUCGGCGCAUUACAAAGCCUCGACCUUUCCUUCAACAGCUUAUCCGGCGAGCUUCCUGCAUCCGUCAGUUCUCUUUUGAGCCUUCAGGUUCUCAAACUUGAUCGAAAUCGGUUCAUUGGUAGCAUUCCUUCUGGGGUUCUGAACUGUCAAUCUCUGGUCUCUAUUGACCUUUCGUUCAAUCUCCUGAAUGGGACUCUUCCAGAUGGUUUUGGUGCUGCGUUUCCAAAGCUCAGAACUGUGAACCUUGCAGGAAAUGAGAUUCAUGGCAAGUCUCAGGAUUUUGUUGGACUCCAAUCAAUCACUUAUCUUAAUAUUUCUGGGAACCUGUUUCAGGGUUCUGUGAUUUCUGUGUUUCAGGAGCCACUGCAAGUUAUCGACCUUAGCCAGAAUCAAUUUGAAGGUUACAUCUCUCAGGAUUUGAAUAAAGCACAGAAUCUCAGGCACCUCAAUCUUGCACACAAUAGGUUUUCCAAGCAAGAAUUCCCACAAAUUGGAAAGCUCUCUGCUCUAGAGUAUCUUAAUCUGUCCCAAACUGGUCUCACAGGGAGAAUCCCCCCUGCAAUCUCCCAAUUGGAUGGCUUACGUACGCUAGAUCUUUCUGGAAACCAUCUCACUGGUCGAAUCACUUAUCUUGGCAUCAACAAUCUGGAAGUUCUUGAUGUCUCUCAAAACAAUUUAACUGGGGAAAUCCCAUAUUCUAUGCUUCUGAAACUACCCAAGAUGCAGAAAUUCAAUUUCUCUUACAACAACUUUACACUCUGUGCUUCACAAUUCUCUCCUGAGACCCUUGAGUCUGCAUUCAUUGGGUCACUAAACACCUGCCCCAUUGCUGCAAACCCCAAUCUCUUCAGAAGAAAAACCACUACACAUAAUGGACUCAAGCUUGCUCUAGCUAUAUCACUUGCCCUUAUCUGUUUGCUUUUAGGGUUGCUGUGCCUAGCCUUUGGUUGUAGAAGGAAAUCUAGAAUGUGGGUAGUUAAGCAAGAGGCAUACAAAGAUGAACAGAACAUCUCCGGCCCAUUCUCGUUUCAGACUGAUUCAACUACUUGGGUUGCUGAUGUCAAGCUUGCGACAUCAGUCCCCGUAGUAAUAUUUGAGAAACCUUUGUUGAGCUUCACCUUUGCAGAUCUCUUAUCCGCAACUUCAAAUUUUGAUCGGGGGACUCUGUUGGCAGAAGGGAGAUUUGGUCCUGUUUAUAGAGGAUUCCUACCUGGAGGUAUCCAUGUAGCUGUAAAGGUUUUGGUACAUGGAUCCACCAUGACUGACCAUGAAGCUGCAAGGGAGUUCGAAUACCUUGGUCGUAUAAGACAUCCAAAUCUUGUUCCCUUGACAGGAUAUUGUUUAGCUGGAGAUCAGAGGAUCGCAAUCUAUGAUUACAUGGAGAAUGGAAAUUUGCAGAAUUUACUUCAUGAUCUACCGCUUGGGGUCCAAACAAUGGAGGAUUGGAGCACAGAUACAUGGGAAGAAAAUAAUAAUGCAAUACAAAAUGUUGGAUCUGAAGGGAUACAGACAUCUUGGAGAUUUAGGCACAAGAUUGCGCUAGGUACAGCACGAGCUCUGGCCUUCCUUCACCAUGGUUGCUCCCCUCCGAUAAUUCACAGAGAUGUUAAGGCUAGCAGUGUUUAUCUUGAUUCAAAUUGGGACCCAAGGCUAUCAGACUUUGGAUUGGCUAAGAUUUUUGGCAAUGGAGUAGAGGAUGAGAUGGCUCUUAGUUCACAGGGGUAUGCACCUCCAGAAUUUUCUCAACCAGAAGAAGCAGGUUCUCCAACACCAAAAUCAGAUGUGUAUGGAUUUGGAGUUGUUCUAUUCGAAUUGAUUACAAGGAAGAAACCUAUAGGAGAUGAUUACCCUGAUGGACAAGACUCAAAUUUAGUGAAUUGGGUGCGAGCACUAGUCAGAAAGAACCAAGGUUUAAGUGCAAUAGAUCCAAAAAUUCGAGGCUUGGGGCCAGAAACCCAGAUGGAAGAGGCUCUAAGAAUUGGGUAUUUAUGCACAGCUAACCUUCCAUCAAAGAGGCCAAGUAUGCAUCAGAUAGUAGGGCUCCUUAAAGACAUUGAGCCCGUCUAGCACCAGUGAUGGAGAAACAAAAGAAAGCUGCUUAAUUGGUUUCUUUCCUUUUCAUGUUUUCCUCUGAUCUUUUCACAAGAGUUUCCUUAUGCUGGCAUGGGAGGAUAUGUACAGUACCCCUGAGAAUUUGCUUUGAACUUGGGUUCCCCCCUCCCUCCCCCUUUUUUGUUUCUUUUUAUGUUUUUCCCCACACAUUGAUGUUAGCAUUGAAACUUAAAAAUUUCACAGUAUACACAGAGUUUGAUCCUUAA